AUGUUCUCUGUGCAAAAGCUCGUCGUCCUCUGUGUAAGCAGUGCGCUUGCAAAGCAGUAUGGUGUGGCUGCAUCUGGCAAAGUCGAACAAUUUGAAGGCGUGCCACCAGAAGCAGCUCUAGCAGAGUCUGAACCACCUGACCGAUAUUUCGUGGCACCGGCAGUUGAUGUGAGCUCCGCUUCGGCCCAGGACAGCAACACUGCCCUGCCCAAGUGUUUUGGAACGAUUAUAAACAACUGCACCUCGGACGAUCCAUGUGGCAAAGGAGGAUACUGUACAAACACAUUUCACCGAUGCACAGCGCUGGGGCCUGGUGUGUUCCAACAAUGUGGAAACUCCCAGGGUGAAUGCCAAGCUGAAUCAAAGUGCUAUUUAGAAUGCCGCGGCAAUCUCCUAUCUGGAAGUGCUUGCAUGGACCGCGAGGUCUUGACUGGGACCGACUGCAACAACGGCUAUGUGAAAGGUGGGGAUCGCGGCAUCGCUUGCAAGGUAGACCCAGAUGAUCCGACCAGAUGCAUUGAGAAGCAUCAAUGUAUCUUACCAGCAGGUGUUUGA